AUGUGUCCGGAAUCCACGACGUGGGGCUGGGGUCGAAUGCGAUUUGAUACGAGGGGCAGAAGAUGCAUUCAACAUUUAGGAAUGUACUACAUGCUGACUGGUCAGAGCCAUAGAUUUGAUAUUGGAUGGUUCCUAACCGAAACUUCGCCAAAUAUGUGGGCUGGCUUGGGAAUAGGAUACUCUCUUUCGUUAUCUGUGCUCGGAGCCGGAUGGCGAUGA